GAUUAUAUAUUUUAGUUUUAUUUUAAGUUAACACGACAUUAUAUAUCUUUUCUUUAAAACGCGUAAAUUUCUCAAUACUUAUAUACCUGGAAAUACUUGUCCCUACCCUAUGCCCUUUUCUAUUCAUUGCCGGGACAGAUGUUCUAUAGUAUUCAAGGCCACUCUCUCCACUUUGUAUGAGUCAAGAUUAUUCGUUAGUUUUAAAUUGUACCGUUGCAACUACGGACGUACGGUUUUAAGAGCUAUGGCUGAUUUGUGUUUUAUAUGUGAUAAGAAACUUUCAGAAGGUGUUUCUGUGAAUGUCGUACGUGGUUUACAAACUUUAAAAACUGCAAGUAUUGAAAGAAAUGAUGGAAAUAUAGAUUAUUUAACCCUUAAAUUGGCAGUGUAUGUACUGGCAUACAUUAACUUUGUAAAAAUAUUUGACAUAGUAUAAUAAAAAUGUCUGUGUCACAAAUCAUUUUAAUUCAUUGCAAUACUAAUUAUUUUUAUAAGGAAAAAUAAAACACGUCUCUGGCAACACUUAUUUUGACAUUCGGUCUCGAAAAUGGCGGCCCGGCGUAGCUCAUCUGUGUUGACUAAGCAAACGCUACUAACUCGAGGUGGUAGAAUAUUAGCUCUUGUGCCUGCUGAAAAUGCACCCUCUGACGAUAGCGAGCGCUCAGAUGUCGAAGAGGAAUUUCGUGUACGCACCCCGCUUUCUUCAUUUUCUUCUCCAGCACCUUCUAUUCAUUCUUCCUUGGAAAGACUAAACAUUGUAGAUGAUGACGAACAUUACAACAGCGACAAUGUUCCACUUACGCCUAUUUUUCAAACAGUAUAUUCAAGUCCGUCUUUAGAACCAAAUUGCAAUAAAGUACCGGUGCUGAGUGAUAUUCCGUCACUCCCAACAACUCCUCUUACUCCAGUAAAUCCACCAAAUCCAAAAACCAGAUCCCGACGUCGUCAGCCCACCGUUCCUGUCCUGAAAAGACCGAGACUAAUGAAAAAAUUUACUUUGAACUAUCAGUGGAAAAAAGCCGUUUUUCGACACAGAGCUAUUAUAGAAGAAGACUCCAAUUAUACAGAUGUUCCGGAUAUAUCAGCGAUGGAUUAUUUUUAUAAAUUUUUUUCGCCAGACAUUCUAACAGAUAUCGUAGAGCAAACAAAUUCUUACUCAAUAGGAAACACUGGACGUUCACUUGGUUUGACGGAAGAUGAGCUUCGCGAUUUUCUAGCCAUACAUAUUAUAAUGGGGGUCGUGAAUAUGCCAGCAUAUACGGACUUUUGGAGUUUACGAUACAGGUAUAACUUAGUAGCAGAUUUGAUGACACUAAAACGAUAUCAACAAAUACGUCGCAAUUUGCACUUCGUUGACAAUAAUAUACAGGAUUCCGACCGAUAUUACAAAGUGAGGCCAUUUGUGCAGAAAGUAAGACAAAAUUGUCUAGCACAGGAAAAUGAACGGAAGUUUAGUAUAGACGAGAUGAUGAUUCCGUAUAAAGGAACCAAAGCUGGAAAACGCCGUCAAUAUAUGAAGGACAAACCCAACAAGUGGGGUUUCAAAAAUUAUGUCCGCGCCGGAGUCUCAGGCAUGGUAUAUGAUUUUCUUCUUUAUGGUGGCGAAGAUACAUUCAGAUUUUACACGUUUUCAGAUAAGGAAGCUUCUAUAGGUUUCGGAGGACGAAUUGUAAUCGCUUUAUGUCAAAGCAUAAAAUUCAAACCGGCUUUUGUUUUCUGUGACAAUUUUUUUUCCUGCCCUGAGCUGUUUUACAUUCUACGCGAAGAAUACGGUAUAUUUGGUUUGGGGACUAUAAGAAACAAUAGACUUAGAGGAGCAGAAAAAGUGUUGCCUUCAGAGAAAGAGAUGAAAAAGAAGCCUAGAGGAAGUUAUUCACAAGUAGUGUGCAACAAAAAUAGAUUAUCGGUAGUGAGAUGGAACGAUAACAAACCUGUUACCCUAAUUAGUUCAUAUGUAGGCGUAGAACCUGUCGAAAAAAUGAAAAGAUACUGUAAGGAGACAAAAAGCAAAAUCGAUGUCGACUGUCCCCAAAUAGUCAAGGAGUAUAAUAAACAUAUGGGGGGAGUCGACUUAGCCGACAUGCUUAUAUCUCUCUAUAAAACACCAUUUAAAAGUAGGCGUUGGUACAUAGGUAUUUUUGUUCAAAUACUUGACAUAUGCAUAAAUAAUGCCUGGCUUUUAUAUAGGCGGGAUCAAGCUCAAUCAAGCAAGCAAUAUAUACCUCUAAAAGAUUUUAGGUACGAAAUAUACGAAGGCCUGAAAAAAUUUGGUCGUGCUGAUAAAAAUGACAAAGCCAGAAAAGGUGUGCCAUCAGCUAACCCAGUGGAAUCGUUACGAUACGAUGCCAUUGGUCAUUUUAUGAUAAUGACCACUCAAGGCAGGUGCAAGCUAUGUCAGAAGCUUACCACUGUAUUGUGCAUGAAAUGCAAAGUGCGGCUAUGUUUCGUAACAGGGAAGAAUCCCAGAAACUGUCAAUUAGAUUACCAUGUAAAGGCGUAAAUUAGUCAUUUCAGUUCAAUAAACGUUUAUACUAUUAUUA